AUGAGUGCACAACUUCCACCAGUUCCGCCCAAGCCAACCCACGCUCCACCCACUGUAGCACCACCACGGCCAAAUCACGCAGCCCCACAACCAAAAAGAAAGAUCAAACCCUCACCGCCGUCUUCUUAUCAUGAGGGUAUUGCGAAAAAUUUUGACGUCUUUGACCAAAACACAAACAAUGUGGACGACAAAACAGACGGACUCAGAAAGCGUGCACCAACAACAACUCGAACAUCCAACUCAAUGCAAUCUCGAAAUAGGGGAUUAACUGUUUCAAAGAAAAUUGAGCAAAACUCGAUCUCCCCAAUUUCACCGGAAGAGUACAAAUUGGCAUGUCCACCACCUUCUAAAGUACCUCCUCAACUCUUUAACAAACCACACCAAAACGUCUCGUUUGUAUCCAAAUCUAUUUCGCCACAGGGUUUUGAGAAAAGUUCGUUUUCAGAUCACUCGUUCACACCAUCACCAAAAGACCGAAUCGACAUCGCCAAUUAUAUCCAGAAAUAUCCAAGUCCAACACUCAACUCGAAUACCAUAGAAAUAGAAGAGAAGAAUACUAAAGACAAGAAUGUCAAAGAAAAAACUCAGAAGGUCAAAAUUGCAUCUCCGGAAAAAGAAAAAAAGUCGAUUCCUUUGGCUUCCCUCCCACCACCAUUUGUUAAGACCGAAUCGUCAAGUUCAUCGAUCGGAUUGGUUUCGUCGCCAUUAACACCAAGAUCGACUAAUUCACAACAUUCACAACAAAAUAUUCCUUUGGCAUCACUCCCUCCUGUGGGUACUACUCACAGUAUACAACUGGCUCAAUUGCCUCCAACAACAUCGAAAAACACUGUCACCCUCGCAGCUCCCCCUCCUCCAACUAUAUCUUCUAAUAUCCAACUCGCAGCCCCACCACCUACGAGUCAAGUCCAUUCAAUAACACUGGCAACGCCUCCACCACCAACUCCACUUGCAGUACCCCCACCUCUCCCCCCACAAAGUAUUCACAUGGCAAAGUCGUUCCAAGGCGCGUCAAGUCCACAAGAGGGCGGAGUCACUCCACGAGGAAAAAUAGUGUUAAUGUUACGAGAAGUACAAAAGGAUUUGGUGUCACAAGGGGGGUCGAAGAAAAAGGGCUUUAAUCAAGGUACAAUGAGUCGCGUGACACCAAUACAGAAAUUUAAUACUAAUAUCAAGCGGGUCAACGUGACGGGAUUCGCGUUGCCCGAAUUGAGAAAUACACACAGUGGGAUGGACGAUUCAGAAGAAGAGGAGAUCAGAGGGUUCUUCUCUGGGAAUGACAGCGAGGUACUAGAAAGCGCGUGGAAGUCACUUGAGUUCGAAGAAAUAAUUCGGCUUGAAUUUGAUACCAUUAUAUGUGUCAAAGGAAUGUGUACAACUCUGCCAUCAACGUCUUGUAUUGGCGACUCUAUUCUCCCUAGUUUUUAA